GUGACUUAGUGACAUUGAUGUGAUCUUGGAGUGAUGGCUUGAAAUGUUUGUGCUCGGAGCACACUAUAUUCAAUAAAUAUUUUUUGGAAAGUUCUCGGUACAUGAAAUUUAAAAUAAUACAAUGAAGGGAACGGAAUCCCUAGAGAAGCUAAUAGGCAACGGGAAUGACGAUCUAAACGAAGAACCUCUCAACAAAGACCCGCUGGAUAGACCUCUAUCACAAAUUGAAAAAACCUUUUUGCUUCACGCUGAAAGAGGUGAUUGUGCCACAGUUCAAAGAAUUAUUGAUGAGUACCGAAACAAUCCCUCUGAGUUUGAUAUCAACUGUGUGGAUCCACUUAAUAGAUCAGCUCUGGUGUCAGCCAUAGAAAACGAAAAUAUUGAACUUAUUAAAUUACUUUUAGUACAAAAUAUUCAAGUCAAGGAUGGUUUAUUACAUGCAAUUAAAGAAGAAUAUGUUGAAGCAGUUGAAAUUUUGUUGAACUGGGAAGAAGAGCACCAUGCUGCUGGAGAAGCGUAUAGUUGGGAAAGGAUAGAUAGAUCAGCAUCAACAUUUACAUCAGAUAUAACUCCACUAAUCUUAGCAGCUCACAAAAACAAUUAUGAAAUCAUAAAAUUACUUUUAGAUAGGGGUGCAACUUUGCCAAUGCCUCACGACGUAAGGUGCGGUUGUGACGAAUGUGUAUUCUCAAGCAAGGCAGAUUCCCUAAGGCAUUCGCAAUCAAGGAUUAACGCAUAUAGGGCGCUAUCAUCUCCUUCUUUAAUAUCUUUGUCUUCUAACGAUCCACUUUUAACAGCUUUUGAACUUUCUUGGGAUCUUAGGAGACUCAGUAGGAUGGAAACUGAGUUCAGAAUUGAGUAUAUAGAUAUGAGAAACCAAGUGCAGCAAUUUGCCACAAGUCUAUUAGACCAUGCCAGAACGUCACACGAACUUGAGAUAAUGUUAAAUUAUGAUCCUGAAGGUGAUAUCUGGGUAACAGGAGAAAGACAGACAUUGGAAAGACUGAAAUUAGCAAUUAAAUACAAGCAAAAAGCCUUUAUCGCUCAUCCUAACGUCCAACAACUGUUAGCUUCUAUCUGGUACGAAGGAUUACCAGGGUUUAGAAGAAAAAACAUGAUCGGCCAAGGAAUUCAGGUAGCCAAGAUAGGUAUGAUGUUUCCUGUAUAUUGUAUGAUAUACAUGAUAUCACCAACGUCAAAUAUGGGCUUAUUUAUGAAAAAACCGUUUGUCAAGUUUAUCGUCCAUUCGGCUUCUUAUGCGUUCUUUCUAACCCUGUUGGGAGCUGCGUCACAGAGGGUGGAGAUUCUGUUUCUUGAAUGGUUUGGCACGGAUUGGGUACAAGACAUGGUCAAAGAAUGGAAGCGAAAAGAAAGGGGAGCCUUCUUCGGAAUAGCUGAGUGUGGCGUUAUUCUUUAUGUUGUUAGUUUAAUAUGGGGAGAGUUGCGGUCAUUAUGGUGCGAUGGUAUAGAAGAAUAUAUAUCAGAUUUGUGGAAUAUUGUUGAUUUCAUUACCAACAUCUUCUAUGUCAUUUGGUUGGCGCUAAGGCUGACCUCAGUGUAUAUAUGUUGGAGAGAUGAAAGAAAUGGUAAAACAACAUGGUAUCCAAGAGAAGAAUGGGACUCUUUUGAACCAAUGUUGUUAUCAGAAGGAGCCUUUGCCGCUGGGAUGAUAUUUAGUUUUUUGAAAUUGGUCCACAUAUUUAGUGUUAACCCUCAUCUGGGACCACUACAAAUAUCCCUUGGACGAAUGAUAAUAGAUAUUGUUAAAUUUUUCUUCAUCUACACCUUAGUGUUGUUCGCUUUUGGUUGUGGUUUGAACCAGUUACUUUGGUAUUAUGCAGAGUUAGAAAAGAACAAAUGUUACCAUCUGCCCAGCGGUCUACCAGAUUUUGAUAACAACGACAAGGCGUGUACUAUUUGGAGAAGAUAUGCUAAUUUGUUUGAAACGUCCCAGUCACUUUUUUGGGCCAGCUUUGGAUUAGUGGACUUAAUGUGCUUUGAACUAACAGGAAUAAAAGGAUUUACCAGGUUCUGGGCUUUGCUAAUGUUUGGAUCAUAUUCCGUCAUUAAUAUAAUCGUUUUACUGAACAUGUUGAUUGCUAUGAUGUCAAAUUCUUACCAAAUUAUAUCAGAAAGAUCAGAUACCGAAUGGAAAUUUGCCAGAAGUCGCUUAUGGGUCAACUAUUUCGAAUCUGGAGAUACUUUACCCCCUCCUUUUAAUAUUAUGCCCAAUCCUAAAUUCAUCACGAGAACUAUGGGGUGUAACAAAGGACUAAGGAAUACUAAGAGUUUUAAGGCAAAAUCUAGGGAAAUGGCUCGCGAAAGACACGAGACAGUGAUGAAACUAUUGGUCAGAAGAUACGUCACCGCUGAACAAAGGAAAAGAGAUGAUUAUGGCGUUACAGAAGACGACGUUAUGGAAAUAAGACAAGACAUUUCCAGUCUGAGGUACGAACUGAUAGAUAUUCUAAGAAGAAAUGGAAUGAAGACUCCUCAAAUCAAUCUAGAGGAUACUCAAUUGGCUGGAAAGAAAGGCAAAAUGAUGGAAAGGCGACUUAUGAAAGACUUCCACAUCGGUAUAGUCGAGGGCAUCGUUCAAGAAAUGAAAAUGAAUCCAGCGGAAAGCAAGAACGUCUUUGGCCACAUUGCCAAAGUAAUCGGUAGAAGAGCUACGUUCAAAAGUACAAAGAAAGAUUGGAAUGCCUUGGUAAAAAAGAAGAGUUUGCAUAACGAUCCAAUAGGUAGCGCCCAGGAAUUAGAAGCUGUAAGAGUCAAGCGGCAGAGUUUAAGAAGACAUAUUUUAAGCAAUCCUGUUGUAGACGAUGAUAAGCUAUUGGAGUACAACCCUAAUUUAACCGAAAUACCAAAGAAAGCACGCGUAGCCUAUGUCAAGUUUAUGGCGAAAAAGAUUCAAGGUGAUUACAAUACCGAAACCCAAAACAUAUCGUCUGAAGCAACUCAAGAAUCAAAAGAUGCCAAGGUAGCUGCAGAAGAUAUAAAUCAAUCAGUUAAAAGAAAACAAUCUGUGACCCAAAUAGCAAAAGAAGAACAAAAGAGGAAACAGUCGAUGACACAGGAAAGCAAAGAUGAUCCAGGUAAAAGGAAAGGGUCUGUAACGUCAGAAGGCGCAGAUGUGCAGAAUAGAAGAAAACAGUCGGUCACAUUUAGCGGAACCGCGGGAUCAGACACAACUGCCAAACCUGCGACCGACACUUCAGGAAAACGGGAUUCCGUGGAUUCUAUAUCUGCGCAGGAGAACGUAGCUAGAGGCCGUUUAUCUCCACUUAUAGAACUGGAAAAAAGUCCUAGUCACUCUUGCACCAAAUCACCUAUCGAUACAAAACUCCAAGAGGAUUCGAAAUCUAAACCAGGGCCAUCUCCUAUUACAUUAAGGCCUGACAAGCUUUUACAAGAAUCCAAGCAAAAAGAUGAGCCCCCUAUGAAGCCACCAAGUGCGGCGGAAAAACCAAAGGACCCCAAACCUCCCGGCGGCUCAGAAAAAAAAGACGAUCCUGUAAAAAAGUCAUCAUUAUCCGAGACAAAGCCCAAGGAUGCCCCGUCAGGUGAUAACAAGAAACAACAAGCCCCUAGCGCUCCCUUAUCUGCGAAAUCAAAACUGACAGGUCGCGUUCGUACAGGAUGGAUAUAGUAUAUAACUUUUGCUUUAAUGAGUUGUAGUUUGUAAGGACAGGUCAUUGAAAAUAAAGAGUUUACUUAUCUAA